AUGGAAAACCCCCAACCCCCCUACACCUACAAGCCCAUCACACCGGACUCAUUCCGCUGCCUAAAGCUCCUCUCGCUGCACCCACAGCUCACCUUCCGCCUGGUCGCAUUCCCCAUCCACUCCGCCCAGCGCUACACAGCCCUCUCCUACGCAUGGGGCACCGCCCCAGAAGAAGAAGACGCCAUCUGCAACGGCGCUUCGUACCGGCUCUCCCGCACACUGGGCCGCGCCCUGCGCGGCAUCCACACACACGCCACCACCGCCUGGCUCUGGGUCGACGCCAUCUGCAUCAACCAGGCCGACGACGCGGAAAAAGCGCACCAGGUCGCGGGCAUGGGCGCGCUGUACGCCUCCGCGGACCGGGUGGUGAUCUGGCUGGGGGACGCGGCGGACGACAGCGCCCUGGCGUGUGCGCUGCUGCCCGAGCUCACGGACCGGAUCUGGGCGUUGACGGAGGACAGCGGCGGGUGGAAACCGCGCGGCACGGGGGAUAUUGUUGCGCGGGGGCUGCCGCCGCCGGAGGAUCGGCUGUGGCGCGCGGCGUUCCUGCUGUACAGUCGGGAGUGGUUCCAGCGGCUGUGGAUUGUGCAGGAGAUUGUGCUGGCGCGGGAGUGUGUGUUUUCGGUUUUUGUGGGGAAUAUUGCUGGGUUGCAUGUUCGGGCUAUGGGGGAGAGGGCGUAUCGGUCUACGGUUGGGAUUAGGCUUGUUAGGAACGCGUGGCGGCUGCAGAGGGGGUUGGAGGAGGGUGGUAGUGAGGGUGAUGGACUCCAGGCCGUGAUGGAUGUUAUGCAGAGCCAGGGGGCGUAUCUGGAGGUGGACUAUGUCUAUGCGGUGCGCGGUAUGCUGUCUGAGGCGCUGCGGGGACAGGUCGUGGUGGAUUACUCGGAGGAGGUGAAGAGGAACUACGGGAUGGUGCAUGCGCGGUUCUUUAAGCAGUGUUUGGAGCGGCUUAGAGACUGGCCGUCGCUGCAUUUCCCACCGGCAACGCAUGCGGAUGUCCCCCCGUGGUGUCCGCCGUGGGGGAGCGGCUGGAAUAACCGCUAUCUGCCCAUGAUGGGCUGCAGGGCUGGGAGGCCGACGCCGUCGUCCAAAGGGUUGGAGCUUGCGAGCGAUGAAGGCGAGGUGGGGAUACUGCAUAUCGCUGGUGUGUCUGUGGACACGGUCCGAGAGAUCGUUCCGCUCGAUCUUCGCUAUGACGAGGAAACGCACGUCCUGCACACGGGUGCAAUCUUGAGAUGCAUCAAGGACUGUUUAGCCCGCGUUCCGGACGGCGCUGAUGCUCGCCAGGCUCUUCCGGGGGUUCUCAUCGGCCAGUGUGGCUGGCUUGAGACGUCGGCAUUCUCGAGCCCGCCGGACGGCGAUCUUCUGGACAGUCUUUUUGCAUUUCUGGAGCCUCUUGCGGCAAACGAAGAGCAUGAAUGGGAGGAGGGUUAUGCGCCGGUCAAUCUCGACACGGCCGAGUACAUUCUCGACGAGCAUCGAUUCUGGCGGGCGUAUCUCAAUCUCAUUAUGGUCCGCUGGCCCGACAGGAGCUUUGCGCUGACCACGAUGGGUCGUCUGGCGAUGGUGUCGUGUGAGACGAAGCCGGGGGAUACAGUAUGCGUCUUUCUUGGAGCGACGCUUCCGCAGAUUGUUUCUCGGAAGGAGGACGACGUGUACUGGAGGUACAUUGGACCGGGUGUUGUGGAUGGUAUUAUGAACGGGGAGACUUUUGAUAAAGACGAUUGGCUGAGCAAGAAGGAGGUGUUCUCUCUAACAUAG